ACAAUACCUUUUCGCGCGUCAACCAGAAAACUUCACCUUUCUUUUCUCAAGGCGCUGCUUAACCAAAAAUUGGAAAUUGAAAAGUCAUUAUCUCGGUUUACUCGGCUAUUAUAUGAGUGUAUGCAUGUCGUAGCUCACCGAUGAAAAAAUUCCGGCCCGUUUAAAAAAGACAACAUGGCUCCGAAGAAAGGCGGCAAAAAGCGCGUGAGGAUUCAGUCGGGUCACGAAGCCAGAUUCAUCGAGAAAAUAAAUUCGCGGCGUCGUCGCAGCAACAAGUCAAAGCGCACACUCAAGUCGAGAAUCCCCCGAAAAUCGAUCCAAAAGGCCGGCAGUCGUCCGGGCAGUAAUCGGACGCACCGUCCGACGGUGUCGGAGCUGGUCUACCAGUUCCUCGAGCGCGCCUCGGACCGCGGAAUGAUGUGCAAGCAGAAAAGCAGCGCCCCCAGGCAGUUCCGCAAGCUCCAACGGCGAAAGCUCUCCCGCAAGCCCGACGCUUCGCCCGGUAAAGCGCUGGGCUUGAAAAGCUCCGCGGACGAGGAGGAGCGGAGGAGUUACGAGUUUCCGUACGAGAGCUUACCCUCGGAGGCGGGAAACAAGAGUAUAGAGAAGUGCAUAUACGAAGUUCUCUCUUUGGGCACAGUGCUGGGCUUGCUGGUACCGGUGAACAAGAAGGGAGCGGUCUUCCGCGUAUCCUCGGAUCUGGAGCUUUUCAAGAAAAAACGGGACGGCAAUCGAGCCGCUCGUAAGCGUUGAGAAUUUCCCGUGGGCAAUGGAGUGAAAUUGAAUUUUCCCGCCCCGCAGUCACAUAGCAGCGUCACGUGUGUUUGUAAAAUAGUAAAAUAAAAGCUCAUCGAUAGAGUCGCAUGGAA